UGGGGUUCUCUCUCUCUCUCGGAAUAAUUGAAACGUGCCAGGUGUCAAUGAAAAGGGUGUAGUAGCGUGGUGGGGUGGUGCGAUGCGAUACGGGACCGGGCGAGGGCGAGGAAGAGAUGGGAAGAUGGGAACCACAUGUGCAAGGGAGGGAGGAUGUUCCUUGCUUGCUUCUGGCCGCGACGUAACGUUACGUUAGAUACGUUAGAUACGUGCAACGGCUUUUUUUGGCGGGAACGGCGUUUUGGUUUAAAGACGACGGACGGUCCCGCUGAAGUUGAGAUCAAUAUUCUCUUUUCACACAUUUCGAGUCUCUCUCUCUCUCUCGGUACUAUCCCCCCACACCCCACCUCACUUCCAUAUGCGACACUGCUACGACUACUACGACUACAACUACAACUUCUACAACUACUGCGCCCGCCAUCAAUACAUCCAGCCCGCACCCGCACCCGCACCCUCACAUCUCAGCUGCGACGCUCACAUCGACGAACAAAGACGAAGCCAUGGAUAUCAGGAAGAUUCUCAACCCCGAAGAGCCCACACCGACAGCGUCCACGCCGAGUAAGUCCUCCCCUAUUCCCUCCAUUCCCUCCAUCCCUCUCCACCAUAUGUCAUAGUAACGUUCGCUCUCACAGAACAACCGCCAAAGAAGGACCGACAGCCGCAGGGCGAGCGCGGCGAUGCCGGCUCGAAAGACUGGGAGGAGCUCCGACGGAAGCGGGGCAUGCCCACCGAAGGCCUAAACACAUUCCGGGUGCGGAACCAGUGAGGAGGCCGUCCUCCUCCUCCUCCUCCGCAUCCUCCACAACCAGUGAUGUCAGCCGCACACGCGCGACGACGACGGGUAGGCAUCACGGUUUACGCGCGGCGGCGGCGGCGGGGAGAGCAGAGCGAGGGGGGAUAGAACGAGGAGGAGAUGAAGAGAUGAAAGACGCUUUCGAUUCGUUCGUCACACAUCCAUGGACCGAGGCCGACUGGUGCGCUUUUUCUCGAAUAAGUGGACCGUCCACGGGGGCGGGGGUGGGUGGGGGUAGCGGCGGCUGCUAUAGGUGAGGCAGAGCAGAGGCGGGUGUAUAUUAUAUAUAUGGGGUGGUGGGGGGGCAGGGCUGGCCGGUUCGGCCCUGGGUUGUGAUGGAAUCUACCGGGGUACUCUCCAGCGGGGCGCAGGAUCGGGGUUUGGGGUUUGGGAAUGCAUCGCUCAUGAUAUAGCGGGUCUAUGUCUGUGCGUUUUUCUUUUUUGUCCUCUCUGAUUGUUUUUGUUUUUGUUUUUGUUUGUUUACGGGGGAUGCGGCGUUGCGUGAUAUCGAUCGAUUUUUUGUCCACGUGGACGGUGGUGGGGUUGUGAUGGUCAAGGCAGUGGUGGUGGUGGUGAAAGUGGUGGUGGUGGUGGCCUGUGUGGGUGGAUGGUGAUUUGUAUAUAUGAAUUUUAGGGACCGUACC